AUGGCCCAUAAACGGUCGGUUGGGCUAUAUAUGCUCUCGCUGCCGCCGUUCACGCGAGCCCUACCAUUCCCGACUCCAUUGGCUGCUGCCACUGCCGCUGCCGCUGCCCAUGAUGCUCUGCAGCCAAAUCUCCCCGAAGCAACUCCGGCUGUCGAUGACUCCGCGGGUGAAUUGCGCCGUCGCACAGGGUACGAUGAUACUUACGGUGCUACUGCGACCUACACUUCAUGGACGAGCGCGAGCGUGUGUGGUUUCGUUGAUGGAGUCCUGGACUUCUGCAUCAUUACCUAG